GCCGCGCUACGUGUCCCGCAGCCCUUAUAGCCCCGGCGCGCCCGGCCCCGCCAACGCCGCACCAUGUCGAGCCACGAGCAGACGGGAUCCACCAACGUGGUUUACCAAGCCCAUCAUGUCAGCAGGAGCAAGAGAGGCCAAGUUGUCGGCACCAGGGGAGGAUUCCGAGGCUGCACGGUUUGGCUCACAGGCCUUUCAGGAGCUGGCAAGACAACCAUUGGCUUUGCUCUGGAAGAGUACCUGGUGGCUCAUGGCAUCCCCUGCUACUCCCUGGACGGUGACAACGUGCGUCAUGGGCUGAACAAGAACCUGGGUUUCUCGGCGCAGGACCGCGAGGAGAACAUCCGCCGCAUCGCCGAGGUGGCGCGGCUCUUCGCCGACGCGGGGCUCGUCUGCAUCACCAGCUUCAUCUCCCCCUUCACAAAGGAUCGUCRGAACGCACGGAAAAUUCAUGAGGCAGCUGGACUUCCUUUCUUUGAAAUCUUUGUAGAUGCUCCUCUAAAUAUUUGUGAAAGCAGAGAUGUGAAGGGCCUGUACAAAAAGGCAAGAGCUGGAGAGAUCAAAGGAUUCACGGGCAUUGACUCGGACUAUGAGAAGCCCGAAGCUCCUGAGCUGGUGCUGAAAACAAACACUGCCUCGGUGUCUGAAUGUAUCCAGCAGGUCGUGGAGCUCCUCCAAGCACAGAACAUCGUGCCCCACGGCUCCAUCAGGGAUGUUCUGGAGCUCUUUGUGCCUGAGAAUAAACUCAGCAGCGUCCGGGCUGAGGCGGAGAAGCUGCCAGCCGUGGAGAUCACCAAGCUGGACCUGCAGUGGGUGCAGGUGCUGAGCGAAGGCUGGGCCACCCCCCUGACAGGAUUCAUGCGGGAAGCUGAGUACCUGCAAGUGCUGCACUUUGGCACCCUGCUCACCGACGGCGUGGUGAAUCUGAGCAUCCCGAUCGUGCUGCCSGUGAGCUCGGAGGACAAGCAGCGGCUGGAGGGCAUCGCGGCGCUGGCGCUCAGCUUCCAGGGCCGCCGGGUCGCGGUGCUGCGCAGCCCCGAGUUCUUCCCGCACAGGAAGGAGGAGCGCUGCGCCCGCGUCUGGGGAACCACCUGCCCCCGCCACCCGCACAUCCAGAUGGUGAUGGAGAGUGGGGACUGGCUGGUYGGGGGAGACCUGCAGGUGCUGGAGAGGAUCCAGUGGAACGACGGGCUGGACCAGUACCGCCUGAGCCCACGGGCUCUCAAGGAGAAGUUCAGGGAGAUGAACGCUGAUGCCGUCUUCGCCUUCCAGCUGCGCAACCCGGUGCACAACGGGCACGCGCUGCUGAUGCAGGACACGCGGCGCCAGCUCCUGGAGAGGGGCUACAAGAACCCUGUGCUCCUUCUGCACCCCCUGGGCGGCUGGACCAAGGACGAUGAUGUCCCUCUGGAGUGGCGCAUGAAGCAGCACGCGGCCGUGCUGGAGGAGCAAGUCCUGGACCCCAAGUCCACCAUCGUGGCCAUCUUCCCCUCUCCCAUGCUCUACGCCGGCCCCACGGAGGUGCAGUGGCACUGCCGGGCCCGGAUGGUGGCGGGGGCCAAUUUCUACAUCGUGGGACGUGACCCGGCGGGAAUGCCGCACCCCGACACCAAGCAGGACCUGUACGAGCCCUCGCACGGUGGGAAGGUGCUGAGCAUGGCCCCCGGCCUCACCUCCGUGGAGAUCCUCCCCUUCCGCGUGGCCGCCUACAACAAACUCCGGAAAGCCAUGGAUUUCUACGACCCCGCCCGGCAUGACGACUUUGACUUCAUCUCAGGGACGCGCAUGAGGAAGCUUGCUCGGGAAGGGGAGAACCCCCCAGAUGGCUUCAUGGCCCCCAAAGCCUGGAAAGUCCUCACCGCCUACUACCAGUCACUGGAAAAGAARAAUUAACUCCUCCUCAUCCUCCUCCUGCCCAGAAAUAGCUGUAUUAAGAGUGAGCAAUGAUUGAUUGAUUCCCUAUGACGCUGAUCACUUGGCAUUUCCAGUGCUCUGACAGUGGGAGUUUCCCUCCUGGGUCAGAGCGGUUUUUACCAAUCAGAAAUCCUUCGAGCCUGAUCCUUCUCCCCCUGAAGCUGCUGGGAGUGUCCCACGGAGCUGGAAGGAUGGGGAGCGGGCCCCCCAUUCCCGGGAUCGCUGUGGUGCUGCCAGGGCCACGCAGCAGCUCCCGGUGCCCCCAGAGCAGGGAGCUCGGAGCGGGAUAAAUCCUGCCCGGAGCAGAAACCAAGAAGUGUCUUUCCACGUUGUGCCUUAGACAGAUUUUGCUCGUGAACAGCAGAAGUUUUUUUAAUGCCCUUUUUUAAAAGGAUUUUUUAAAACCAGCCGUGACCACCGCCAAUUCCUCKCUGCUUCCUUCCUCCUGCUUGGCCUCUCUGGUCAAACAAAUCCCAGGCUGAGCGUUCUUGGUGCUCCACGUUCAGCCACGAGAUGGCUGAGAACGCUCUGGACAGCAAGGAGACAUCGGGRAUGCUGUCCCGGUGCUUUUAGGGAYC